CCGCAGCCGAGGAGCCAAUCGGGCGCCGCCUCGGGCCGAGGGAGCGCCGGCGCAUGCGCAUUGAGAGCUGGGAGGCGGGGGCGAUGUUUCCCGGCAGCCUUUAUUCCAAGAUGGCGGGCUCCCGCCUGCGGUAGGGGCGGAAAGCUACAGUUGGGGUCCAAACGGCUUGACAAACCCUUAGUCUUCUGUGUUCUGGUUGCAUUCUACCUCAGUCUCGUUGGGAGAAAGACUUGACUCCAAACCAGAGCAAUGGCUACAAUGGUGGCUAAGCGAGAAGGGCCUCAGUUCAUCAGCGAAGGAGCAGUCCGAGGGAAUGCAGCCAUUCUGGAUUAUUGCAGGACAUCCGUUUCUGCCUUGUCAGGAGCAACAGCAGGAAUUCUUGGCCUGACUGGUUUACAUGGCUUCAUCUUCUACUUCUUGGCUUCUGUCCUUCUCUCAGUGCUUUUGGUAUUAAAAGCUGGACGGCGGUGGAAUAAGUACUUUAAAUCCCGAAGGCCACUUUUCACUGGGGGGCUUAUCGGAGGCCUCUUCACAUAUGUCCUCUUCUGGACUUUCCUCUAUGGCAUGGUGCAUGUCUACUAAAAAAGUAAUAACCACUUUAGCUGCAAUGGGUUUUAAUGAAAUAGGAGGACUGUUGCCAAAAACUCAUCUAAACAACUAUGCCAGCUUUUUAAAUUGUUGUUCACUGCUUGUAUUGUUAAGGCGGUCAGUAACUUAUGUCUGAGUACAAAACUCUGUAGUAUUUGUCUAAUUAAAUUGAAUGUAAAAUGUC